AUUCAAAAUUAAGAUUUUUUUAUCUGUGCAACAUUAUGAAGCUUGAGCGUUAUUCAAAAUUAAGCUUGACGGAUACACAUCCCUUUCAUGGUACUCGCCGAGUCCGCGGCUUCUCUCUCUUCUUUUCAGAAUCAAAGCACAUCAAUGGCUAAAGACAUAAUAGAUGACUCUCAAGUUUCUCCCCCACCACACUCCGUUACCCCAACCAUUCUCCCCCUCACCUUCCUUGACCUUCAAUGGUUUUUCAGCCGCCACGCAACACGCAUCUUCUUCUACCAAUUUCCUCAUCCCACUCAACAUUUCCUCAAAACAGCACUUCCCAUUCUCAAACACUCUCUUUCUCUUACUCUCCAACACUUCUUCCCUUUCGCCUCCAACCUCAUCGUUCCUCCACAGCCACGUUUCCCUUACAUCCGUUACCUUGAUGGUGACUCUCUCUCCUUCACCGUCGCUGAGUCUGUCGCAGACUUCACAACCCUCACAUCUGAUUCGCCACAAGACGUCAAUGACUGGCAACCGCUUGUUCCGGUGUUACCUUCGCCUCGUACUAUGCACGAUGGAACCUGCGAGUUCCCUCUCAUGGCCAUCAAGGUAACCGUUAUACCAAACUCUGGAUUUAGCAUUUGUGUUAUCUUCAACCACGUGGCAGGGGAUGGCAGAACGCUUCAUCAUUUCAUGAAGUUUUGGGCCUCUGUUUGCAAAUCAAAAGGGGAUUUGGCUUCCCUUCAAGCCUUUGGUUCUCUUUCUCUACCCUUCCAUGAUAGGGACAUAGUGAACGACCCGAAAGGGCUCAAGCUCAUUUACUUACAAGACAUGAGAAACUUGAUGUCGCAAAGCACGCAGUUCGCAGGGAUUUUACGUCGUGUUUCCGCUGAUAAGGUACGUGCCAAUCUUACAUUUGAUCGCGAACAAGCCGAGAGAAUGAAAAGAUGGGUUUAUCUUAAAUGUAAUAAUAACAGUCACGGUAGUUCAGGGACGUUACACAUAUCAACCUUUGUGGUGACGUGUUCUUUGAUGUGGGUUUGUAUGAUAAAAUCAGAACUGAAGGAAAAGGAAGGUAGUUAUGUUACAGAAGAGUACUAUGAUGAACCAUGCAACUUGGCGUUUUCAGCGGAUUGUCAUGAUCAUCCUCAAUUUUUGUUGCCAUCUAAUUACUUUGGAAAUUGCUUAGUUCCACUUGUUACGUCUGUGAAAAGGAGUGCGCUAGAGGGAGAAAACGGGGUUAUUGUGGCGGCAAAAGCUAUUGAGAGGAUGAUUAGGGGUUUCAAGAUUGAUGCUUUGAGUGGGGCAGAAACAGUGAUGUCAGAUUUUAGAGAAUUGGUGAAAAGUGGUCAAUCUCUUGUAGUAAUUGUUGGCUCACCGAAAUUGACCGCGUACAACACUGACUUCGGGUGGGGAAAGCCUAGGAAGUCUGAAGUGGUUAAUCUUGAUUCUGUGGGAACAAUUUCUCUUACCGAUUGUAGGGACACCCAAGGUGGAGUUCAAGUUGGAAUUGCACUAGAAAGGAUUCGAAUGACGAAUUUCACAAACAUCAUGGAACAACAGCUUAGUAAUAUUGCAGUUCGUGAUUAAACUGUUGCCAUUCACAUCAGUUAUCAAUGAUAUGUAUCUUUCACAUUAUUUUUGUGAGUGCAUGUAUUUUUUUCUUCUUGUCUUGGAAGCUUUUGCUCAAAGGUAAAUAAACUUUCCUCUUAAUGAAAUCGUGU